AUGCCGACCGUGCCACUACUGAGCUCCAAGUUCACCGGCCACCACCCUCCCACACCCCCACCUACGAUCUCCACUGCCAGUCCUCCACCCCCUAACUUGCCACCCUCUCUGCCACCUCCCCCCCACUUCCCACUACAGCAACUCCCUCCUACCACCAGCAACCCAACCACAUUCCGCCCACCUGCCCACGAGCGAAACACUCACUCACCAAUCCCACUUACCAGUACCCACUGGAGUCUAAAGAAGCCAUAG